UUUGUAUAAAGGUGUAAAAUCGGUUUCCGGAUCUAGUUUACUGUCUUUGCGUAGCUUGCCACUUUCUGUAAUAACAAGAGAAGACCGAUCAGCAUCGAAUAUGCUGGAAUAACGCUUAAAUCGUAUUUACCUUGUUAUUUACCUGUUAUGCUUAGCUACAUCUAUGAGCCUGAUGGAAACCGAUAUGGACCUAACCUUAGAUUUCAAAUUCGUAAUAUGAUAUGAUAUUUUUUUAGUUCAUCACUGUAGCUAACUGAAUGAUUUGGUUGUUAUGAUCUCUCUCUCUCUGUGUGUGUGUUGGGGGGUGUAAGUCCGGGGCAAGAAGGACCCGGAAGGGAAGAGCAGCUGCCGCUUUUAUUUGGGGGGGCGAGAACUAACCAACAUUAUAACUAAAAUAAAAUGUUUUUAAAGAAAACUGUAGCUUAACAGCUGCAACGAUUAGACUGCGUGGGACCUGGUAAUCAAGCUUUUUUUGUUAAUAUAUAUACAUAUAUACGGAAUAAAUGUUUCGAGAGAAAAAUCAAAUAAAAGCCCAGAACUGAUGUAGCAGUGUCACCAUCCCCACUACCUCCAUCCAGUCCCCUGUGCCUGCCCGUCUGUCUCUCUGUAUGCCCUGGGAGAGACCUGUCUGUCUGGGCUAUACAGAGCAAGGAGUGACAACACAGCCGAGACUGACCCACCACAACUGACUGGUCUACUCUGGAGGUUCUAGACACCACCACCAACACCCUACAGAUUGAGAGCCCAGUUGAAAGGAUGGCCCCUGAUUGGUCUCCCUGCUGAGAGAGGAAACCAACCUGAUUGGUCUCCCUGCCUGCUCUCAUCCAUCAGUGGGGAACAGGAAGAGUUGCUGUUUUUGUUGUUGUUUUGCUGCAGAAGUACUUUAACCUGGUCCUGGGACACGUCUGUUCUGUCUAUCUGAUGUCACAAAGCACUGGGGUCUCUCUGGGACUCUGGUAGUUUUCUUUAAUUAAAAAAAAAACAUUCCAGGUUGGUUUUGGAGCCCGGUUCUUUUACCGGCUUUGUUAACUACUGAAACUGGGGGAGGGGGACGAUUCAUGGGAUGCAACGAUGUCGGAUCUCAAUGAGCGUAGGCCAGUCAACACGGACUACGCUGUCUCCCUGCUGGAGCAGCUCAAGCUGUUUUACGAACAGAAGUUACUGACUGACGUGGUGCUGCUGGUGGAAGGCAACGAAUUCCCCUGUCACAAGAUGGUCCUGGCCACAUGCAGCUCCUAUUUCAGGGCCAUGUUUAUGAGUGGUCUGUCUGAGAGUAAACAGAGUCAUGUUCACCUGAGGAACGUGAACCCAUCCACCCUGCAGAUGAUCAUCACAUAUGCCUAUACAGGCAACCUGGCUGUUAACGACAACACCGUGGAGCCCCUUUAUGAGACGGCAUGUUUCCUCCAGGUAGAGGACGUGCUACUGCAGUGCAGGGACUACCUGGUGAAGAAGAUCCACGCAGACAACUGUGUCCGGAUGCUGAGCAUCGGGGACCUGUUCUCCUGUGUGGAGCUGAAGCAGAGUGCCAAGCGCAUGGUGGAACACAAGUUCUCCGUGGUCUACCGUCAGGAGGCCUUCCUACAGCUGUCCCACGAGCUGCUGGUCGACAUACUGAGCUCAGACAACCUCAACGUGGAGAAGGAGGAGACUGUGAGAGAGGCGGCCAUGCUGUGGCUGGAGUACAACAUGCAGGCCAGGUCCCAGUACCUCUCCUCGGUGCUCAGCCAGAUCCGCAUCGACGCUCUGUCUGAGGUGACGCAGCGUGCCUGGUUCCAGGGCCUACCUCCUAACGACAAGUCUGUUGUAGUGCAGGGCCUGUACAAGUCCAUGCCCAAGUUCUUCAAACCCCGCCUGGGAAUGACCAAGGAGGAGAUGCUCAUCUUCAUGGAGGCUACGUCAGAGUCGCCUGCUGACAUGGGUCCGGUCAUGACGGGCCCCAACCACACGGUAGUGUGUUACAGCCCGCAGGCUGAGAAGGUCUACAAGCUCAGCAACCCACCCGGCGACCUUCAGAAGGUGGGAACGCUCGUCACCCCCGACAACGACGUGUUCAUCGCAGGCGGGCAGAUCCCGCUGAAGAACUCAAUCGCCAACCACAGGAAGAGUGGCAGCAAGAUGCAGGCAGUGUUCCGAUCGGUGGACAGCUUCUUCUGGUUCGACGCCCAGCAGAACACCUGGUUGCCCAGGACGCCCAUGACGUGUGCCCGCAUCAAGCCCUCUCUGGUCUACUGUGAGGGUUACAUCUACGCCAUCGGGGGGGACAAUGUGGGCGGGGAGCUGAAUAAACGUACCGUAGAACGCUACGACUGUGAGAAAGACGAGUGGGCCAUGACGUCUCCUCUCCCCUGCGCCUGGAAUUGGACCACGUCCGUAGCGACACGCGGCUGUGUCUACGUGAUGACCCACGACCUCAUGUACUGCUACUUCCCCCGCGCUGACACCUGGGUAGAGAUGGCCACGAGGAAGACCAGUCGCUGCUUUGCCUCCGUCGCUGCCUUAGGUGACCUCAUCUUCUAUAUCGGCGGGCUCCACGUGGUCAGCAACUCGGGUGUCCGCAUGCCCACCAGCACCAUCGACGGCUCCUCCGUCACCGUGGAGAUCUACGAUGUCAGCAAGAACGAGUGGCGCCUGGCCGCCGACAUCCCUGCCAAGCGUUACUCAGACCCGUGCGUGCGGGCUGUGGUCCUCCCGGGUUCUCUCUGCAUCUUCAUGCGCGAGACUCACAUGAACGAGCGCGCCAAGUACGCCAUCUACCAGUACGAUCUGGAGCUGGACCGCUGGUUCCUGAGGCAGCCCGUGUCUGAGCGGGUACUGUGGGACCUGGGGAAGGACUUCCGCUGCUCUGUGGGGAAGCUGUACCCAUCCUGUCUGGAGGAGUCUCCAUGGAAACCGCCCACCUACCUGUUCUCCACCGAUGGGGCCGAGGAGUUUCAGGUGGACGGGGAGAUGGUGUCGCUCCCUCACAUAUAACUCUUGACCUUUCACCUCUGGCCGUGUUGGAGGGGUGGCCCUGAAGGCUUGUGGAUGGGGACGGGGCGGGAGGGGGGGAUGGAGGAGUAGAUUACCACAGUACUGAGGCACUAAGUGUGUUGAUAUCUGGAUCAGAGGCAUCUGACAAUUACUAGACUUGCUGCAUUUAAAGUCUGUUCUGCUCGACUGGUUGUUGCUGACAAACAAACAGUACUAAACAGUCAGACAUUCAAAAUGUAGGAGAGAAACGGAAAAAAUAAUGAUUCCCCUCCAAAUACUAGGAUUUGAACUUAAUUUGUUGUUGCCAGUUCUGACUUUAUUAUCACAAGUCAACUGAUAUGUGGUGGUAAUGAUGCACUUACAGGUGAAAGUCUCCUUGGAAUAAUGAUGGAAACUGUACCAAACCCCCCCCCUGAUCUCCAUCUCUCUUUAUCAACACUGUUUUCAAUCCACGUGUCUUUCCCAGGGACACCUGGCUUGUGUCCCAAAUGACUCCCUAUUCCCUGUGUGUAGGGCACUACUUUUUGAUGAGAGCUCUAUAGGCUUCUUGCCAAAAUAAGUGGCUUUUAUAUAGAAUGAGGGUGCCAUUUUGGGAUGCACCUGGUAUUAGAACAUCCAGGGGACAGGGUGGAGGUCUGAGGUGUCGCAGUGGGAAUGGGGAGGUGUGGGAGAGGGUUCUAGGUGGUGAAUGCAGGUCCUGUCACUGGUCCAUCUCUUCACCUCUCGGUCCCAGACACCCACACAAGCACCUGUCUCUCCCCUGGUACACUUACCGCCCUUCUAGCCUGUCUCCUAGGUCGUGCGUCCACAGUGGCUCCCUAUUCUCUACAGAGUGCACUACUUUUGACCAGGGCCCAUAGGGCAACCGUACGUGUGUUGAGCUCGCCCAUAGGGCUCUGGUCAAAAGUAGUGCACUCCUAUAGGGAGCCAUUGUGGACGCUUCCUUAGUCAAUCUUUCUGGACACAGGUCUUCCUCACAGCCAGCUGGAAGUUAACAGAACAGCGCCAACACUAGCUGACCUCCGUCUCAGCAUAGUGAUUGGAGGAUUUAUGCCGGAUCUCUUUUUUUUAAUUUUUUAUGCGGGUCUUCGCAACCACACACCUGCUUCACUCUCUCAGUACUCUCAUCAACACACCACCUGCUUCACUCUCUCAGUACUCUCAUCAACACACCACCUGCUUCACUCUCUCUACUCUCAUCAACACACCACCUGCUUCACUCUCAGUACUCUCAUCAACACACCACCUGCUUCACUCUCAGUACUCUCAUCAACACACCACCUGCUUCACUCUCUCAGUACUCUCAUCACACACACCUGCUUCACCUGCUUCACUCUCAGUACUCUCAUCAACACACCACCUGCUUCACUCUCAGUACUCUCAUCAACAACACCACCUGCUUCACUCUCUCAGUACUCUCAUCAACACACCACCUGCUUCACUCUCUCAGUACUCUCAUCAACACACCACCUGCUUCACACUUUCUCAGUACCUCUCAUCAACACACCACCUGCUUCACUCUCUCAGUACUCUCAUCAACACACCACCUGCUUCACUCUCUCAGUACUCUCAUCAACACACCACCUGCUUCACUCUCAGUACUCUCAUCAACACACCACCUGCUUCACUUCUCUCAGUACUCUCAUCAACACACCACCUGCUUCACACUUUCUCAGUACUCUCAUCAACACACCACCUGCUUCAACACACACUUUCUCAGUACUCUCAUCAACACACCACCUGCUUCACGCUCUCAGUACUCUCAUCAACACACCACCUGCUUCACGCUCUCAGUACUAUCAUCAACACACCACCUGCUUCACGCUCUCAGUACUAUCAUCAACACACCACCUGCUUCACUCUCUCAGUACUCUCAUCAACACACCACCUGCUUCACUCUCUCAGUACUCUCAUCAACACACCACCUGCUUCACUCUCUCAGUAC